AGUAUUUAAUAAAAUAGAGGAGAGACAUUUACAAACCCUCAAAAAAAUUUACGGGUUUGAAAAAAAUUUCUUAUAAACUAAAAAGAGAAUUUUAUAAAUUAAGGUGUAUCCCUCUGUAUGACAAAACCUUAAAUCAAAAUUCAAAAUGAUGCCGUAUUUUAUUAAUAUUAUAAUAGUCUAAAUAAAAAAUGAAUAUAUUUUACACAUAAUGUAAAAUUUGAAAAAUUAACAUAAGAUUAAGGGGAGGCACUUUAGGUUCCCAAAAUGUUUACCCUGUAAACUUUUCCCGGCAACACUAACCACUGCUACCGCCGCCGCUUCACGGAAAAAUGACAAGAGUGCCACGGCCAACGCCGCUUAACAUAUUCUUCUCCUUUCUUUUUAUCGUAGCAGUCGAGUUUUCUUGUGCGAAUUCACAACAGUUCUUGACAUCUGAGCGAGCCACAUUGCUUAGCCUCAAGCAACAGUGGGGGAAUCCGCCAUCACUGAAUAACUGGAACGCUACUUCAUCUCCGUGUAACUGGCCAGGAGUUCUCUGCAACUCCAACAGCUCGGUUAUUAUUCUUGUUCUUCAGAGCAAAGGGUUAAUCGGACGUAUACCGCCAUUCAUCUGUGACCACCUACGGAAUCUGGAGAAUUUGGAUCUCACUAAUAAUUUCCUCACCGGAGAGUUCCCUAGGGUUUUGUAUAAUUGUUCGAAGCUAGUUGAAAUUGAUAUCGCAUACAACGGUUUUGUUGGAAGGUUGCCGGAUGACAUCGACCGAUUAUCAUCACGACUCAAAACCAUUGAUAUCGGAGGUAAUAACUUCACCGGCGAUAUACCUCCAGCAAUCGGCAAUUUGUCGUCGUUAAUUUCCUUGUACAUGUAUGGGAACUUGCUAAAUGGCUCUAUCCCACCAGAGAUUGGAAACUUAUCUAAUCUCUUAACUUUAAAUUUGGCAUAUAACAGAUUUACAGCGGCGGAAAUACCAUCGGAGUUUGGGAAGUUGAGCAAUUUGACAUAUUUAUUAAUGCAUCAAAGUAAUCUGAUUGGAAAAAUUCCAGAAAGUUUGGCGAAUUUGUCGAGUCUCGAAUGUUUGGAUUUUAGUUCCAACAAUUUGGAAGAUGAAAUCCCUUCCGGUUUGUUUCUGUUAAAGAAUUUGAGAAUUUUGUUCUUGUAUUUUAACGCUUUAUCCGGCAAAAUUCCGGCCAUGAUCGAGUCUUUAAAUUUGACUGAAAUCGAUCUCUCUGAAAACAAAUUGAACGGUUCAAUUCCUGAUGAUUUUGGCAAAUUGCAGCAGCUGGAGGUGUUGAGUUUGUUCUUAAAUCAAUUAUCAGGCAAUAUUCCGGCGGGUAUUUCUCAAAUUCCAACACUGAGAAUUUUCAAAGUCUUCAGCAACAAACUCGAUGGCGAAUUACCUUCGGAAAUUGGGCUUCACUCAAAGCUCGAAGCUUUUGAUGUAGCGGGGAACAAACUCACCGGAAAGCUGCCUGAGAAUUUAUGCGGUGGAGGUACUUUGUUCACCAUGGUUGCUUUCUCCAACAAUCUCACCGGAGAAAUCCCGAAUUCACUCCAGAGUUGUGAAAAGCUUCGUUCAGUCCAACUCUAUAACAACAGUUUCACGGGUGAACUUCCUCCAGGAAUUUGGACAUUAUCCAAUCUUUCAAGCUUGAGGCUCACUGGGAACUUUCUUUCUGGCGAAUUACCGAUUACAGUACCAUGGAAUUUAUCAAGACUGGAGAUCAGUGACAACAAGUUUUCAGGUCAAAUUCCGGAAGGCAUUUCUUCUUGGACGAAACUGAAUGUGUUCAAGGCUAGUAACAACAUGUUUACAGGUGAAAUUCCGGCGACAUUCACUCAUCUUUCACAGUUGUCGGUGCUUCAUCUUGAUGGGAAUUCACUUUCUGGCCAACUUCCGUCAGAGAUCAAGUCGUGGAAUUCACUAACCACUUUGCAUCUAGCUAGAAACAAACUUUCUGGCCCGAUACCACCAGCCAUCAGUUAUUUGAAACGUCUUCUUGAUCUUGAUUUAUCAGAGAACCAACUCUCCGGCACAAUUCCACCCGAGUUAAGCCGUCUGAGGCUGAACACUUUGAAUCUUUCUUCCAACAAACUCACCGGAAGAAUCCCAUUUACUUUUGAUAACCUGGCUUUCCAGAAUAGUUUCUUGAACAACCCGAAUCUAUGUGCUUCAUCCCAAAUCUCAAACCUCCAUAAAUGUUACAGCAAAUCCUCCUCACGCCCCUCCAAAAUCAUCGUCUUGUCAGCAUUUAUCAUACUCGUCACCAUUCUUUGCACCUUAUUUGUGGUGUUGUUCCGACGGCACCUCAAGCAUAAACACAUACAUGAUCUCACGAUAUGGAAUCUGACCUCAUUUCAUAUAUUGGAUUUCACAGAAUCAAACAUUUUAUCCUCCUUGACCGAGAACAACCAAAUCGGUAGUGGUGGUUCCGGGAAAGUCUACCAAAUUGAAAUCGGUCGGCGGCAUGGGGAGUAUGUUGCAGCCAAGAUGAUUUGGAACCCUAAAAAACUCGACGAUACCCUCGAGAAAGAGUUUUUAUCGGAGAUUCAUAUAUUGGGUUCAAUUCGUCACUCCAACAUAAUCAAACUGUUAUGUUGUAUUUCGAGCGAGGAUUCUAAGAUUCUUGUUUACGAGUAUAUGGAGAAUCGAAGUCUCGACAAGUGGUUACAUGGGAAGAAGAGGAAAACACAAGGUGGUUUGGUUCACCCCACGAUCUUGGACUGGCCCAGGAGGUUGCAGAUCGCCAUUGGAGCGGCUCAGGGGCUGUGCUAUAUGCAUCAUCACUGUUCUCCGGCGAUCAUUCAUAGAGAUAUCAAGUCAAGUAAUAUUCUGUUAGAUUCCGAUUUCAAAGCGAAGAUAGCCGAUUUUGGACUCGCAAAGAUUUUGACGAGUCAAACCAACACCAUGUCUGCUAUAGCUGGCUCAUUUGGUUACAUUCCCCCUGAGUAUGCUUACUCAAGUAAGGUAAAUGCGAGGGUAGAUGUAUAUAGCUUCGGUGUGGUGCUAUUAGAACUAGUAACUGGAAAAGAAGCACAUGAAGGAGAUGAGGAUAUGAAUCUAGCAGAAUGGGCAUGUAGGAAUUACAGUGAAGGGAAGUCCGUGGUUGAAGCUUUGGACCCAGAAAUUAAGCAGGAUGAUAGUUACAUGGAAGAAAUCAGGAUAGUCUUCAAACUAGGGCUUAUUUGUACAAGCACAUUGCCUUCGAGUCGGCCACAAAUGAAAGAAGUACUUGGGAUUCUUCUGAAACUUAAUCUCAUAAGUAGGAAUAAGGUGUUAAAGGAAGGCACUGAUGUCUUUGAUGACAAAAGUGUAAAGGGUUGCUAAUGAUAGUAAGUUUUAUGAUAUUAUAUGUUUCUUCAGGUUAAAUAUGUUGAUGUUUUGUGUGAGUAGAUAGAACUAAAGCUCUAUUUUUGGUUAGAUUGACCGGUGGGUGUACAUGUUAAGAGCGUAGCAAUAUGAUAUGGUUUCAUUUA